CAAAAAAAACAAUCGCUAUAUUUAAUCUAGCCUAAAUCAAAAAAAAUGGCAGAUAUUGAAAAAGAUACAGACAUAUAUAUAUUUAGCAAUGAAUCUUGUGAAGUGAGACACUAUCCUAUAUUAUCAGAAAAGUCUCUUUGUUCUAUAUCAAGUAUUUCAAAACAGUCCGACUCUGGAAGUAUGGAUUUCAUUUCAGAAUACAAUUCAUUAGCAACACAAUACAAGUUACCAUGUUAUCCAAAAAAUGAUGAAGAAGAAAAUGAUGAAUCGAAUGAGCAUAUUUAUCAACAAAGCAAACCGGAAACACAAAAAAAACUCAUUAAAAAAUUAUAUAAAUACCAAAUGAAUCAUUCAUUAUUCCAUUCCUCGAAAUGGAUAAAAAAAAUAAUGAAAAGCAAACACUCAAAGAAGCAUCAAGAUGCUAUAUCAAAAUCAAAUUCCAAAUGGAGUAUAUUUAAAAAAUCUGUACAAAAUCCUGUAGAAGUAAAUACAUUAAACAACACCGAAAAUCCUUGUAACGAAUGCUUUGAGAAAUAUUGUAAUAUUAAUUCUAAUGAAUCUUAUGGAAUAUUUGGAGUUCCUUUAUUAUCUCUUAUUCAAGAGAUGGGCACGAGUCAUAUAGCAAACUUUCCGGAAAAUUUAAUGUUUAGUGAGCACAAAGUUCCAUUAAUAUUUAAAAUAUGUGUAACAAAAAUUCUGGAGAAGGGUCUUGAAACACCUGGUCUUUUUAGAGUAAAUGGAUCACGAUCAGUUAUAAGAUCUUUUAUUGAACACUUUCUAAAAAAUAAAUCCGGAAUAUUACGUGAAAUGGAUAUAGAGAAUUUUAAAAUAAAUCCCAACAUUCAUGAUUAUGCUAGUUUAAUAAAAAAAUUACUAGUUGAACUACCCGGGGGAAUUAUUGGAAAUAAAUUACAACUUCAAGCACUUUUUCCUCUUUUGGAAGACAGAGCCUCAGCCCGUGUCUUAAUGCCACCUGAAAUACGCGCACGAAUGCUUGCAUUAGCCUUAUCUACAAUUGAAGAUCAAGAUAGAUUUUAUUUAGCUUGCUCAGUAUUUGCACUUUUAAGAGCAGUAGCAACAUGUACAGAACAUAAAGAACGUGUCUUAAAUUAUCCAAAAGAUCUAAAUUACAUGAAACCAGAAGCACUUGGCUUAGUAUUUGCGCCAACUUUAUUAGGAAAACAAAUAAAUUCAUCUGAUAUUUCAGACAUCAUGAAUUCAGAAAAUUUAUCUGAUAAAGAACAAUUAGGACCAUUAAAAGUAAUAAAAGAAGAAAAGGAAAAAGCAAGGAAAAGUGCCAAACUUAUCGAAACUAUAAUUGAUUAUUGGGAACAAAUAAUAGCACAAUUAAAGAAACUUCAACCAUCUUUACAUAUUUCUGAGUGUAAUAAGAAUACCACCCAAAACAAAAUAGAGCAUUCAGAAAACAAAAAUUUUUAUAGAAAAUUCUAUGAUGAUAAUAAAGAAAACAUUGAUCCAAACACUGAUGAGCAUAUGUUAACUAAAUUUUCCUCUUUAGACAAUAAUACUUUUACAACAGCACGCACAAAUACAGAUGAAACAAAUUCUGAUGGAACAUUACCAAAAACUAAAAAAAACUUUAUAAAUGAGUUAGAGUAUAAAGAAAAAAUAAUUAAUCUUAAGAAUCAACUUAUUAUAAGCCAAAAGGAAAAAGAAGAGAUACAAAUUCAUUUAGAAAUCAAAACUCAAGAGGCAGAAAGGUUAUUUAGUAGAUGUCUCGAUUGGCAAAGAAAAUCAGAAGCAUGGCAAAAACGAGCAGAAACUGCAGAAAAGGAUCUAGAAGAUUAUAAAAACAAUAGACAAGUAAAGCUAGUUGCAGAGUGGUGAUCAUACUUUCAUAUAAUUUAUCAAUAGUUAUAACAAAAAGUUAUGU